CUCGAGGGAUUGAAUAUCUGCAUCAAGGUUGUGACAUGCAAAUUCUACAUUUUGAUAUCAAGCCUCAUAACAUUCUUCUUGAUGAGAACUUUAACCCUAAGAUUUCUGACUUUGGGCUUGCGAAAUUAUAUCCCGUAGAUAAUAGCAUUGUCUCUUUGACAGCAGCAAGGGGAACAAUGGGCUAUAUUGCUCCUGAGUUGUUCUACAAAAAUAUUGGAGGUGUCUCGUACAAAGCUGAUGUCUAUAGUUUUGGAAUGUUGCUUAUGGAAAUGGCAAGCAGAAGGAAGAAUUGGAGUACGAUGGUAGAGCAUUCAAACCAAAUCUACUUCCCACUAUGGGCGUACGAUCAAUAUAACAAGGGAAAUGACUUGGAGAUGAGAGAUGUUAACGAGGAGGAAAAGAAAAUCAUAAAAAAGAUGGUUAUAACUGCAUUGUGGUGUAUUCAAAUGAAGCCAAGUGAUCGCCCUUCGAUGAAUAAAGUCAUAGAAAUGCUUGGAGGAGAUGGUGAAUGCCCAAAAAUGCCUCUAAGACCUUUUCUAUACCCACAAGAGAUGCACGUAGGUGCUGUCCAAGAAAAUUUGAACCCAAUUGGUUCCAACGGGGAGUUAACAUGGACUUUGUCAGCUAGGUGAUCAUCAAAUUGUUAGAAAGUGCAGUUAUUGUUAAAUUAUUACUUCUAAUUUGGAUUUGGGCAUUAGUUUUUUUGAGAGAUUUGGGCUUUA